ACGUCAUAUGACGUAGUGCAAGUCAUUAUACCGGGAUGUUAUUAUUUCAUAUUGUAUAAUUGUGUAUAAUAGAAAGUAUUUACCAAUAGUUUUCCUUACAUAAGAGUGUGGAACAUUUUGAAUUAUCUACCUAUAAAUUUGUUUUUUUGUGAAUUUCUAAAAUGGCUAUUGAUUUUAUUGGAUUUGCAUAUGCUGCAACUGUUGCUGCUGGUGGAAUUAUGGGCUAUGCAAAAGCAGGUUCCAUACCAUCACUAGGAGCUGGCAUAUUAUUUGGUUCAAUUUUAUCAUAUGGAGCGUAUCAAGCAUCUCAAUCUCCCCCAAGGUAUACAGUACAAUUAUUAGCGACUACAACCCUAGCUGGGGUUAUGGGAAUGCGAUUCUAUAAAAGUGGUAAAAUUAUGCCAGCUGGUCUUAUUUGUAUAAUGUCUACAGCAAUGUUGCUACGCACAAGCUUGAAAUUAGCGGGGUUCUUAGAGGGACCCCAAAAAGCAAUGCCAGUGGAAUAGAUAAAGAUGCUAGCGAAAUGGAAUUAGCUGAUGUAUGAGGAAAGACGUAUUUUAGAAUAACGUAUAGAUGUUGGUUUUUUAAGAUAUACUUUUUAUUCAUUUGUUUUAUAAGUAAU